CGCCCGCCCAGACUGGCUCCUGGGUACUGACACUCGCGCCCUGUUGACAGCGCGAGAGAGACAGAGGGCGAGAGAGAAAAAAAAACUAUCGGUCCGCGGCUCUACUCGAGCGGGUCGAGCGGUUAUAGUUACGGAGUGUUUCGUCUGUCCGUAUCUUUACUUCCCGGACUUAGGGGAGGCAGAAUACGAGAAGUACCCAGUUGUGUGGGGAGGGGAGGGGGAGAGACGACACAUCAUUACGGUGGGGGUUUUUUUUUGGAGGAAAAAAAAAAAGGAAAGGUGCGCGCGUUAGUCCAUGGCCGCGGGAGACGACUCCCCGCUCCCGGCGAGCAUCGCGGCCAGCCGCUCCGUGGAGAAGGCGCUCGAGGAGGCGGCGGCCAGCGGCGCGCUCAGCCUCUCCAACCGCAAGCUGAAGGAGUUCCCCCGGACAGCCCGGAACUACGACCUGUCCGACAUCACGCACGCCGACCUGUCAAAGAAUCGUCUGUCAGAGGUGCCAGAGGAGUUGUGCCAAUUCAUCUCCCUGGAGACACUGAGCCUGUAUCAUAACUGUAUUCGCAGCAUCCCACCCUCCAUCGGCAACCUGCAGGCCCUCACUUACCUCAACAUCAGUCGGAACCAGCUGUCCUCUCUUCCCACUGCGGUGUGCGAACUCCCCCUGCGAGUCCUCAUCGCCAGCAACAACAAGCUGCCCUGUCUGCCGUCCACCAUCCAGGCUCUGGGCAACCUCCGCCAGCUGGAUGUGAGCUGUAAUGAACUGCAGUCUCUGCCCCCCGAGAUUGGGCUCCUGGAGUCCUUGAGAGACCUCAACCUACGGAGAAACCAUCUGACCACGCUGCCCGAAGAACUGUCGGAGCUGCCACUGGUCCGGCUGGAUGUCUCGUGUAACCGCGUGACGCGGGUUCCCGUGUGUUACCGCCACCUGCGGCACCUGCAGACCAUCACCCUCGACAACAACCCCCUGCAGUCCCCGCCCGCGCAGAUCUGUACGAAGGGUAAGAUCCACAUCUUCAAGUACCUGAAUAUCGAGGCGUGUAGCAAGACGACGCCAGAGGAGUUCGACAGAGCUCUGAGACCAGCAGGCAUCAACAGCUGUCUCUCAGAUCAAGAGCUGUUUCCGGCACGGCAGUAUGGAGGUCUGGACUCCGGCUUCAACAGUGUGGACAGUGGAAGCAAGAGGUGGUCUGGAAACGAGUCUGCAGACGAUUUCUCAGACCUGUCCCUGCGGAUGGCAGAGAUCUCCAGGGAACAGAGGAACCUGAGAGAGGAGCGACCAGUGCACUCCCUUGGGGACAGAGUGAAUGGAGAGGCAGAGCAGGAGGAUUUUAUUGACAGCAGCGUAACUGAAGAGGACGAGGAGGAGCACAGGUCAUUGCCCAGCCCCCAUCGGACAGCACCCCCACAGGAGAAGAGUGGGAAGACUGGUUUGGCACAGUCGGAGAGCCCAGACAGAGGUCUCAGUGUGAGGUCGUCUCCGGGGGGGGACUCGGCAGAGCCCCUGGGCGCAACCCCGUCGAGCCCCUCUGCGGAGGAGCGCCGGCGCCCCGAGACCCUGCAGAUCUGGCAGGAGAGAGAGAGGGCGCAUCAGCAGAGGGAGAGGAGAGAGAUCAGCCUGCUGAAAUCGACAGCGAAAACAGGAAGUGGCUCCACGUCUGCAGCCCAGACAGGAAGCGGCCCUAGUGGCAGCAGCUUCGACAGUGGCUCCUCGAUCAUCUGUCUUAGACAAAGGUGUCAGAGUACAGACCAGCCCUCCAGCUCUUCUGCCAUCUCAGCUCCAGCCCGGUCCACCAGCAGAACAGACACGCCCCCUAUGCCGAAUCCCGCGGGCUCGCCAGGAGCAGUCCAAAAACCAAACAGCUUCCUGUUCCGGGCUCAGUCCCGGACCAACGUCAAGCCCACAGGAUCGGUCCAGUGUCUGGUGGAGACGGGCCGCUCCGAAUCCAAGGCCUCGCUGCUGCGCUCCCCAAGAGAGGAGAGAGAGGGCAUCACACAGCUGCGGAAGACGCUGGAGUCCAGACUGAAGAUCACUCUGCCCGAAGACCUGGGCGAAGCCCUGUCCGACGGCGCCAUCCUGUGCCAGCUGGCCAAUCACGUGCGGCCGCGGUCCGUGUCCAUCAUCCACAUUCCCUCCCCUGCCGUGCCAAAGCUCAGUGCUCCCAAGUGCCGUCGGAACGUCGAGAACUUCAUCACCGCCUGUCGGAAGCUGGGCAUUCCUGAGACGGAGGUGUGUGCCUCCUCCGAUGUCCUGUGCUCCAAUCUCCCGGGGGUGCUGCGCACCGUGGAGGCCCUGACCAGACUGGGGGGGUGCGUCUCCCCCCACAUCUCGCUGCUCUGUCCCGGCUUCCUGCUCUUCUACAGCCUGGCCAUGGGGCUGCUGUAUCUGUCCUACUGCCAGCUCACUGCCUGCUAAUCAUACCACAGAAACUGACCCUUGUGUCACACACUCACUAACACAGGACAGCACACGCUGAGACACGCUGACACAAUGGAGAACAGAUCCGCACACGCUGAGACACGCUGACACAAUGGAGAACAGAUCCGCACACACUGAGACACACUGACACAAUGGAUCACACAUUCACACAGGCCCGCACACGCUGAGACACACUGACACAAUGGAUAACAAAUUCAAACAGGACACCACAUGCUGAGACACACUGACUCGAUGGAUAACGCAUUCACACGGGCCCGCACACUCUCAGACACGCUGACUCAAUGGA